CUCCCCACUACUGACUUCCCAUAAAAAAUUAGUUUUUUUUUUCUCUUGUUUUGUGCCUUUAUAAGCUUGAUUCCCUCUCCCUCUAACAAUCAUACUCAAAAACAUCCUAGACAAUUCAUGGCUGUGUCAAAGAACCCUAACCCUAUGUAUGUGGAAGAAGGUGGAGAGAUUCUCAAGAACUUCGACGACGACGGGCGCGAGAAAAGAACUGGUACGUUGGUGACGGCAAGUGCACACAUCAUCACGGCCGUGAUUGGGUCCGGAGUUCUCUCUCUGUCGUGGGCUAUAGCGCAGCUUGGAUGGGCCGCCGGACCCGCCGUGCUGGCGGCGUUUUCGCUCAUUACAUUCUUCACUUCCGCCUUGCUUGCCGACUGUUAUAGAUCUCCGGGCCCCGUCUCCGGCACCAGAAACUAUACAUACAUGGAUGUCGUCCGUGCACACUUGGGUGGCGUGAAGGUUCAACUAUGUGGAUUAGCUCAGUACGCUAAUCUCGUAGGGAUUUCUAUUGGAUACACUAUUACUGCUUCCAUCAGUAUGGUGGCUGUAAAAAAGUCGAACUGUUUCCAUAAGAACGGGCACGACGCCGAUUGCUCGGUUCCGAGUUACCCUUUCAUGAUAAUCUUUGCCGCAAUCCAACUUUUUCUUAGCCAAAUUCCGAAUUUCCAUGAGCUUUCAUGGCUCUCCAUCGUGGCGGCCGUCAUGUCGUUCGCCUACUCUUCAAUCGGUAUCGGCCUCUCCAUAGCCAAAGUUGCCGGCCACGGGCCGGAGGCGAAGACGACCUUGACGGGGGUGGUGGCCGGCGUCGACGUCACCGGAGCUGAUAAAGUAUGGCGGAGCUUUCAAGCCAUCGGAAACAUCGCGUUCGCCUAUGCUUAUUCCACCGUCCUGAUUGAGAUUCAGGAUACUUUGAGAUCACACCCGCCGGAAAACAAGGUGAUGAAGAAAGCGUCGGCCAUCGGAGUGUCCACCACCACCUUAUUCUACGUCAUGUGCGGUUGCAUUGGCUACGCCGCCUUCGGAAACGACGCUCCGGGGAAUUUCCUCACCGGCUUCGGUUUCUACGAGCCCUUCUGGCUAAUCGACAUCGCCAACAUCUGCAUCGCCGUCCACCUUGUCGGAGCUUACCAGGUUUUCUGUCAGCCAUUAUUCAGCUUCGUGGAGCUUCAUUGCAAGGAGCGAUAUCCGAACAGCAAAUUCAUAACGGCGGAAACGGCGGUCCAGUUACCGUUGGUCGGAGAGUAUUACAUAAACGGUUUUAGGCUGGUGUGGCGGACGGCGUUCGUGAUCGUGACGGCGGUGGUGGCGAUGAUACUUCCGUUUUUCAACGAUUUCUUGGGGCUGAUAGGGGCGGCGUCGUUUUAUCCGUUGACGGUGUAUUUCCCCAUAGAGAUGCACAUCGCGCAGGCGAAGAUUCGCAAGUAUUCGUUCCGAUGGACAUGGCUGAAGAUUCUGAGCUGGUCUUGCCUCGUGGUGUCGCUGGUUGCCGCCGCCGGAUCUAUACAGGGCCUUGUCAGCAGUGUCAAGAAGUUUAAGCCUUUCCAUUAGUUACUUAGCUUGUUGCAGCUAGCUAUUAGCUCAUUCAUCUACAUUAUUGUCUUGAAAUGUGUAAUGGUUUUAAAUUUAAGAACAAAAGACCUAGGAUUCAUGUUUCAUUCAUCUACAUUGUCUUGGAAUAUGUAAUGGUUUUAAAUUUAAGUAAGAACAAAAGACCUUGCAUUCAUGUU